AUGGCAGGAAUCGUCCACGUCGUGCAGCUUCGCUUCAAGCCCGAUAUCAGCAACGACAAGAUCACACAAGCGAUGGAUGAUGUCAAAUCUCUCAAGGCCAAAUGUGUGCUCCCCGACAGCAAACAUCCUUACAUCAAGUCUAUUACGACGGGAAAAGAUAACUCGGUUGAGGGAUUGCAAAAUGGCUUCACCCAUAUGAUCAUCAUCUUCUUCGAGAGCGUUGAACAUCGCGACUACUAUGCCAAGUCCGACCCUGCUCAUUUGGCGAUAGUUGCAGGUCUGACUCCUGUGUUGGAUGGGCUGCAGGUACUAGACAUCGAAGCAUGA